AGGUGGUACCCAGGCAGAAUUCUGCCUUCAGUCUCUCUCGCGCUCGGCUCCCGGCGGUGAGGCGCUCGCCGCUGCUCGCUCCGCUGCUCCAGCUCCAGCUCCAGCCUCGCCAAGGAGCCGACCGUGCCCGCCGCCGCCGCCGCUCCGCGCACCCGGGGGGCGCCCGGCCCGAGCUCGCGCGGCCGGCGCGGGGCUUUGGGGGUGCGCCUCUAUUAGAGUUGUGGUGGUUGCAAAGAAGGAAGGGGGGAGAAAAAAAGGCAGGGGACGGGCGAACCGAGAGAGCGAAAGAAGAGAAGGAGGAGGCAGAAAAAGGCAACUUCAGACGGAAAGUUGGUGCGAACUGGCGCAGUCGGCAAAAACGGAAAAGUCGAUCGCAGGCAGCGGCGGCAUAAAAGUGUGAGCGGCCCGGGCGAGCGCGAGACGCGGGCGGCUGGCUCUGCCCUCCGGGUGGCCGCGCCGGCGCCAGCACCAGCCACAGGUGCCAAGGGGUUCUCUGGAGGCGAGAGGGCGCCCUGCGCACCCCGCCCCAGCCCCCACCCCCGGCUCGGGACUUCAGCUCAAGUCACUCGGCGCCCCAGCUCCCUCCCCAGCCGCAGCCUCAGCGGGGGGAGCAGGAGCCGGCGAGGAGCGGCCGGCGCGCGCGCCCGCCCGCCCGCCCAGGGGAGUUGGGGUUCGCAGGGGGUUGUUUUCGGCUCUGAGGAGGUCCCCGCCCAACCUUCAAAAUUUUGUCCAAAAGCAGACAAGAGGAUCGCCCCGCGCUGAGCCGGCUGGUGGGCAGCAGGAGGCGCCUGAUCGCCGCCGGGGCGCUGGGGGUGGUGAUGGUUCUGCUGCUGGUCAUCCUCAUCCCGGUGCUGGUGAGCUCGGCCGGCACGUCGGCGCACUACGAGAUGCUGGGCACCUGCCGCAUGGUCUGCGACCCCUAUGGGGGCACCAAGGCGCCCAGCACGGCCGCCACGCCCGACCGCGGGCUCAUGCAGUCCCUGCCCACCUUCAUCCAGGGCCCCAAAGGCGAAGCCGGCCGACCGGGGAAGGCGGGCCCGCGUGGGCCCCCGGGUGAGCCCGGGCCGCCGGGCCCCGUGGGGCCCCCGGGCGAGAAGGGCGAGCCGGGCCGCCAAGGCCUGCCGGGCCCUCCCGGGGCGCCCGGCCUGAACGCGGCCGGGGCCAUCAGCGCCGCCACCUACAGCACGGUGCCCAAGAUCGCCUUCUACGCCGGCCUCAAGCGGCAGCACGAAGGCUACGAGGUGCUCAAGUUCGACGACGUGGUCACCAACCUCGGAAACCACUACGACCCCACCACGGGCAAGUUCACCUGCUCCAUCCCGGGCAUCUACUUUUUCACCUACCACGUCCUGAUGCGCGGAGGGGAUGGCACCAGCAUGUGGGCUGAUCUCUGCAAAAACAACCAGGUGCGUGCUAGUGCCAUUGCUCAAGAUGCUGAUCAGAAUUACGACUAUGCCAGUAAUAGUGUGGUUCUUCAUUUGGAGCCAGGAGACGAAGUCUACAUCAAAUUAGAUGGCGGGAAAGCCCAUGGAGGAAACAACAACAAAUACAGCACGUUUUCUGGAUUUAUUAUUUAUGCCGACUGAUAAUGCAGAAACUAAGUUUAUUAUUCUGAGUUUGAACACUGGAUUCAUAUGGCUAACGUCAGUGAAUCAAGGAUCCCAGGGGAUGCCAAUUGCAGGGCACCUCAGUUGUGUAUAUGUGGGGAAAUCAAAUGCUACCUGACUCACAUCUGUAUCACUCAGAAACAUUAUGUAAAAAAAUAUUAAAAGCAAGAUAAGCAGAUGUGUGAUCCACUACCGCCAAAGCAAAUACUCCUAUUGUUAGUGUCGAUGUGAAUGAAGUCCUAAAUAGAUCACAAAUUUUUAUAGAAAAAUCUAAGACACUGAAUUAUUUCUUCAAUAUAUAUGAUACUUUGGUGUACUGUGAUAUUGCUGCUUCUAUCCGUACGUCAGCUUUGGUUCUUGUGAGUUUCCCUGCUUAAUAUGAUACUUGGAGUCCAUUCAUAGUGUGGGGGAAGAAUGCUUUUACCCCACUGGAGAAGGUCGAAUUGAAAUAAUGCUGCUUGUCCCCAAAGAAAUUGUUUGCCUUGUUCUCUUGUUAACUUUAGAGCUAGACCUGGGAAUGAUUCAACUUCAAGCCUUAACCUGGAAUUUUCUGGAUUUGAGGGAAUUCCCACGCCUAUGAUCGUUUUUACAUUUUCUUUUCCUUGUGAAUUUUCUUUUCUCUCUUUUCUGGUGAUAGUCUUUAAAAAUAGAGAUGGAAAUUGUAUCAUAGGAUUACCUUCUACGUAUGAAAAUGUGUAAUUAUGUAUGGUAUUUGGAAAAUCCCCUCUGUGUCCAUUUUGUCAAUUGAAUACAUUUAGAUUUACUUAGAAAGUCAGAGAAAUUUAUUCUUUAGUAUUAAAUCAAACUGAGGCUUUUGCCUUCUUUGGAACAAAAGAUUAUUCAUAACCCAAUGCACACAGGUUUAAUUUGAGCUACGGCAUGUGUCACCAAGGGGACACUAAGUAAGGUCUUGGGACGGUUACUACAAGUCUGUAGCCUGAGGUUAUUUCAAAAUUAACAAUUUCACAUAUAACCAAUCUGACAACAAAGUGUAUAUAUUUUACACAAAUACCUGCCAUACAACACACACACAUACAUAUACAUAUAUAUGUUAGAUGAAAUGUUUUAUUUAUAUAAAUAAAUGAAUGAAUAAAUAAAUAAAUAAAUAAAUAAAUAAAUAAAUAAA